AUGGAAACCCAACGACCCGAGCAACAUGAUUUCGAGUCGCACAUCGUCAAAUUGCUGCAGCGGGAGCGCGGUAUCAAUCCUUCUUCGCUGCAGCAUAUUGCUCACGACGGUCGUCAAGGCAUCCCACACAUAUUAUCUUCAAUCGCCGCCAGCCUCGAAGAUGGCCAGAAACAUGCAGAGGCAACAGCUCUAAAAGAAGCCCUGGAAAGGAUUACUUCCAACAAGCAAUUUGGGGGAUUGGGCAUCAGCAUGUUGAACGUGGAUCAACCAAGCAUUGCUACUAUCAUUGGAGUCGGAAAAUCGUUCGCGAGACUUUCUGACAACCUCCUCAACACGCCUCAGCGGCAGGGGACCGAUGACACUCGCACAAAAGAUACUGGCACAACAUUUUAUCGGAAGAACAUCAACAAAGCUCUCAUGGGCGGUUCGUACGAGGUGGAGAUCAAUGCGGUUUAUGAAAACGACCUACGUUCACCCGGUAUAUGGCGAAACGAUCGGUUUUGGCUUGCAGCGGACCACGUUGUGCACCCUGCUGCAGCUAAAACAAGCAGCAUGCGUGACUUAAUCGACCGAGCUGAGAAAACGAAAUCGGAAUUCAAGAUGACCGAGUACCAAGGCUUGAACUAUACUAUUAUGCACACUGAGUUUGUCCGAGAGCGUGCGGAACCAGGCAUGCUAGUCAUCGGUGCGGACUCACACACCUGCUCCGGUGGUGCUGUCGGUUGCCUUGCAAUUGGACUCGGCGGCGUUGACGUCCUGAUGGGGCUCAUCUUGGGAGAGACUUGGUUCAAGGUACCUGAGUCCAUCCUGGUGGAGUUUCACGGACGGCCAGCCCCCGGAAUCACUGGCAAAGAGGUGAUCCUUCAUAUCUUGAAGGAACUAAAGAGAAACACGGUCGCGACAGACCGAAUCGUCGAGUUCGGUGGAGAGGGUGCCAAAUAUUUGUCCUGCGAUGCACGCUUCACGGUGUGUAACAUGGCCACCGAGUUUGGCGCAAUCUCGGGGAUAUUCAUACCUGACUGUGUGACGAUGGAAUUUAUCUCCAGGAGAAGAUCAAGGCGUUAUAGAAAGCAUUCAAUCUACUUUAGACCCGAUGAUGAUGCUUAUUAUGCCGGAAAAUAUGUCGUCGAUUUGUCGGUAGUCGAACCGACAAUCGCCCUCUAUCCCAGCCCAGAUAAUGUUGUGCCGGUAACACAACGAAUCGGGAUGCCACUGGAUGGCGUGUUCAUUGGAGCGUGCACAACGACGGAGGAGGAGCUCGUGCUAGGGGCUCUUGUGCUGAAGGUCGGAUUGAACCAAGGCCUAAGAAUUGUCCCAGGCAAGCGCCAUUACGUGCCAGGCUCGUUGCCCAUAGUCGCCAAACUCGAAUCCUUAGGCCUCUUGGGAAUCUAUGCACAAGCGGGCUUUACCAGAGGACCCCCUGGUUGUUCGUAUUGCCUUGGUCUAUCUGUUGACCGAGCGGGGGAAGGAGAGACCUGGCUCAGUUCGCAGAAUCGCAAUUUCCAGAAUCGUAUGGGCAGAGGAUCGCUUGGUCAUUUGUCUUCCGCUGUUGUGUGUGCGGCAUCUAGCUUCUGCAUGUCAGUGACCGACCCGAGACCAUUUAUGCAGGAUUUGGACUACGAGUUUCUGCAAAUAUAUAAGGACAGAAGCUCUAAUGCGUUGCUCUCUGACGUUUCUUACAUGGAGCCUACUUUUCCUAUAUUACACAAAAGCAAACAAAGUGUCGCUUCUCUCAUGGGCCACGAAUUGAAAGACCCGGCUCCAGAGGAUACCCCUCGGCCUGCACUACCUGUCAUCAACAGCAAGAUUGUGAGACUUGGAGGGUUUAUUGAUACUGAUGCGCUUGCGCCAGGGCCGUCAUUGACAAGCUGCGUGACAGACGAAGACUUUGGACGUCAUGUUCUCGAAUAUACACGCCCUGACUUCCGGGGGAGGGUAAGGGGCGGACAACGGGUUGUCGUAUCCGAUCACGCAUUUGGUUGUGGAUCUAGCAGAGAAGCUGCCGUUUUAGCCCUGAAAGGUGUUGGAAUCGAGGCAGUGAUCGCUCGUUCUUUUGCCUUCAUCUUCAACCGGAACAUGAGAACCCUCGGUCUAUUGGGAUUCACUAUUACGGAUAAUGCAUUCUAUGAAGCGCUUGCUGACGGAGAUGCGAUACAUGUCGACGUUGUGAGGCAGAUUGUUGUUGUUAAUGGGAAGCAAUUUGCGGUUAAACUAGGCAACAUUGAACGAGAGCUCAUUGCGAGACAGGGAGCUGUGGAAGGCUAUAAACUGCUGGGUAGGGAUCUGUGGGAGGAGAUGACUACGAAUAGCUCGAGCUCAAGCCAAGAGCCGCUAAUUGGAAUGCUUGAGGAGCCGAGUAAUGGGCAGAAUUUGGAAUGGUAG